CGGCUACCUGUUUCACUCUGUUCACACACUACCUCUUCAUUUCUUUCACUCAUACAAAACAUUCCAUGCCAAUUGCCACAGUAACUAAUUUUCAAAUCUUCACAAAAAAAAUAAUGUGGAGCCACUCUCAGUCAAAACGACUCAUCACCCUCCUCAGCCUCCUCCUCCACUUCCUCCCCGCCCUAACCCUCUCCCCGUGCCGCACCACCUGCGGCCCCAUCCCCGUAAACUAUCCCUUCGGCCUCGACGACGGCUGCGGCGCGCCGCAGUUCCGUGGCAUGGUCAACUGCUCCACCGACCUCUUCUUCACCACCCCAUCCGGCAACUACAAAGUCCAGUCUAUCGACUACGACAAGAAAAACCUCGUCGUUUACGACCCCGCCAUGUCAACCUGCUCCAUCCUCCAACCCCACCACGACUUCCUCUUGACCCCUAUCCAGUCAGCCAUAAUCCCACCGACCUCGGACACCGUCUUCGCCCUCCUCAACUGCUCCGUCGACUCCCCUGUCCUCAACCACUACAAGUCCCUCUGCUUCAACUUCUCCGGCCACUCCUGCGACGAGCUUUACAACUCAUGCAACGCGUUUCGGCUUUUUCGGUUGGGCAUGGGGUUAAGCAACGGGACUAAUAGUACUGGAAGUACUGAUUUUGUUCCGCCGUGCUGUUUUACGGGGUAUGAUACUGUGAAGUUCAUGAGCAUGAAUAUUUUGGACUGUACGCAUUAUACUAGCGUGACUAAUACGGAUCGGUUGAGAGGUUUGGGACCGUUGGAUUGGAUUUAUGGGAUUAAGUUGAGCUUUGCGGUUCCGGAUACUGGGUGUGAGAGAUGUGCUCAGUCCGGUGGGACUUGUGGGUUUGAUACUGAGACUCAAGUGUCUCUCUGCCUCUGCUCUACUUUCACCAAUUCUACUAGAGAAUGUGCUGCAGGCAGUGAUACGGCAGAAGGAAGUCAUUGCGCUGCCUCGAUACUCUUUCAAGCAUUCUUUGUGAUUAUGGGGGCAUUGUUAAUCUGCUUGCAUGAUUUUAAUCUUUCUUUUAUUUGAGAUUAUUCUACUUCUAGGAGCAUUUUUGUUUUCUUUUUUUCAUUCGCAUGAUGCUGAUCAUGACCCUUUUGAAGUUUGUUGUUGACAAUGUAAAGCACUGAUUGCGUUUAGUGACACGAUCGGCUGGAAGCAAAAGUUACUUUUGCAGUGUACAAUA